AUGGCCCCCGCUCUAGUCGAAGCCCUCCCCAUCCGGGAACCAGCUGCUACCAAGGCUGAUAAUAUCAAGGAGAACUUCAACAAGGAGUUCUUCAAUGACGGCAGGAAGGGCUUCAACAGCAUUGCUGAAACCCAGGGCACAGCCGCCCAGCCUCCCGCGUCGUACCCUAACUACCUUCCCGUAUGGGACAACGAAAAGGGCGUCAAAUACCCUCCCUGGACGCCCUUUGAACACCACGACCACGGCAAAGAUGCCGACCCCUCGUUCAAGGACCUUCUCCCCGCAGACAAGGCGCAAACCAUUGAGAUCACUCCAUACAUUGGCUCCGAGGUUCGCGGCGUGCAACUGAGCCAGCUCUCAGAUGCCGGCAAGGACCAGCUCGCUCUGUUUGUUGCCCAACGUAAAGUUGUCGCAUUCCGUGACCAGGACUUUGCCAGACUGCCCAUCGACAAGGCUCUUGAGAUUGGUGGCUACUUUGGCCGACACCACAUUCACCCUACCUCCGGAGCGCCCAAGGGCUUCCCACAGGUGCACCUCGUGCACCGCGGAGCAGACGAUAACUCCUUCCAGUCAUUUCUGGACCAGCACACAAACUCGGUUACGUGGCACUCAGAUGUCUCCUAUGAAGCUCAGCCACCUGGCACUACAUUCCUGUACUUGCUUGACGGUCCCACGAGCGGCGGUGAUACAUUAUUUGCCAACAUGGCCAAGGCGUACGAGCGUCUGUCGCCUGAAUUCCGCAAGCGGCUUCACGGACUCAAGGCUGUGCACUCGGGCUUUGAACAAGCCCAAAGCGCGUUGGCGAGAGAUAGCACUGUCCGGAGAGAUCCUGUGAAGCAUGAGCAUCCUCUUGUGCGCACUCAUCCUGUGACGGGCGAGAAGGCACUCUAUGUCAACCCGCAAUUCACCCGCUACAUCGUUGGCUAUAAGAAAGAAGAAUCCGACGCCUUGCUUAAGUUUCUAUUCGACCACAUUGCCCUGUCGCAAGAUCUGCAAAUCCGUGUCAAAUGGGCUCCUGGAACGGUUGUUGUUUGGGAUAAUCGUGUAACUGCACACUCGGCCUUGUAUGACUGGGAGAAUGGCCAGCGACGUCAUCUCGCGCGCAUCACCCCCCAGGCUGAGCCUCCGUUUGAGACUGCUUUUGAGGCAUAG